AGGGCCGAGUUGGUGUUCGUAACUCAAGAGGAUAGAUUUCAUGUGUAUGGCUGCUGGUGAUUUGUUUGACAUGUUAAAAUGUAGUCGGCUAAAGCAGGCUGAAUGCAGGGUGUUAAUACAGAAUGUUGCUUCAGACAGUGUGAGUAGAAUGGCUCCAGUGUUUCACAAGUGGAUUACAAUGCUAUUUGUAAAAUGGUUGCCUCCUACUUAUUAGAGUAUUGCCAGCACUUGCAACAUUUCCAGCGGGGAGUGAAACCAUCCCUGCAAAUAUCUCUGAUGUUUGUUGUGUCCAUGUGUUGUUUAUUUUGUUGUCUGGUCUCGCACUGAUUUCAGGUGCAAAGUUACAUCAUUCGCCAUCUGGAAAUUAUUUUUCACGAAGAAAGAGUCAAAGUGAUGUUCAGUCGGAAAACAAGUCCGGUCAUGCUUCUGCUCUGUGCCUGGCAUCCGUCCAGAUCUGAUCCCUGCAUGGUUUUAUCAUUUCAUUUAAAAAAAAGUGUGUCUUAAAACUCCGACAGAGAGAAGCAGAAAGUCAGACAGGGGUGAAAAGUGAUUGUGGCAGGCUGGAGAGGGGAGUAUUUUCCCGGAAUCAUAUAAUGUCCUCCCCUUCCUGUUUCUUCUCGUGUCUCGGACACAGUUCAGGUGACAUGGACAGUGAACAAGGUGGAUCUCCUCUGACUUUGCAGACACAAGGACAUUACUCUGCUGAGUCCACACCUCAAACUCUCUUUAUGAUGUCUGAGGGAGACGUUACAGUGCUGCCAUUUGGACCUGCCUCUCUGGACCUGUCCAAGCAGGAGCAACGCACACUAACUAGGCUGUACAGUAAGAAUGGAGGAUAUCAUCUGAGGAUUUCACCAGAUGGAACUGUGAGUGGUGGACGGCAGGAGAAUGACCCCUACGACAUCCUGAGGAUAAAGGCUGUGAGUGCAGGAGUGGUGGUCAUCAAAGGUGAGAUGACAGGAAGGUACCUGGCUAUGAACAAAAAUGGACGCCUCUAUGGAUCACAAGCACUGAAUGAUGAGUGUUACUUCCUGGAGACGUAUGAAGAGAACCAUUACAACACAUAUCGCUCUCAGAAGUACAACUGGUAUGUUGCCUUGAAGAGGAAUGGCCAGCCCAAAGCAGGACCAGACACCCACCAGGGUCAGAAGGCCAUCUUUUUUCUGCCACGGUCUGCGGGCAACAUGUAAACCAAGACGGCACCAGGAACCGUGGACACGCUCACAGAAGUUUUUAAUGCACAUUAUUAGUGCUAUAAAGGUCACUUCAAAUCAACACAUGCCGGAAAAGCCUACGGCAAAUGCAUAAUGCUGUUUCACAGAUAUUUCAAGCUCUAUUUUUUACAAAAAUAUUCUAGAUGAUUCUUGUUUAUGCCGGGAAUUUGAGCUCAGACUAUUUCAGCUCAUGUAAAUAGCUUGUACAUGAUCAUCAUAUGGAUUUGAGCUGAUACCAGAUUGCUUUCUCUCUGUAAGGACAGAUACUCCCUCUAACUACAUGUGAGGCAUCGGUGCAUGUCAGUCUUGAUAAAUGGGUCUCACUUUGAACCCUGGUUUGAAAUACCACUCCUGGGAGACAACAUUGCACAACUUUUACACAAAAAUACUUUUACAAUUGAUCACGUCUGGCACAAAGGAAACCAACAAAGCAAUAAAAAUUAAAAAGCCGAGCAUCUGGCUUUUGAUAUAAACUCAAGCAGCUUUUCCAGGGCUACAGUACAGAGAGUAAUAGCGGUAAUAUAAUAAUUCUAGCUAAUAAAGUAUUUAUAGCAGGAUUACUUCAGUGCCUUGCUCAACUUUCUUUAGGAGGUGGGUGUUUGCUGACUUUUGAAUGACUGACAAUGUGCUCAAGCCUGUUUGAUGCCCACUUCUGUGACCACUAUGCUGACUAAAAUUUAAGUUGAUGUGACAUAAACUAAGUGCUAGAAUUCUGGUGUUGAAACCAGCAGCCUUGUUUAUGAUAACUAGCCACGAUAACAGUGAAACAUUUGUAUUACUGAUAAUUAUAUUGUACUAUUAUGCUGUUUUUUCUUCAAGGCAGAUGUGAAAACUUUGUCUCAGUGAAGUUAUCGUAUGUUUAGGUAAAGAGGAACAAGAUGCUUGUGUGGACUGAAUAAAUGUGUGAAUUUUUUGAUUCUGCUCAUAUGGGAGCAGUGAAAGACCUGCAGUGAAAGACCUGCUAUUAAUGUCCUGGACCACAGUUGUUUUAUGUUUUCUUUUUGGCACAGCUUCACAGUUGCACAAGAGUUCUUGCAAAUCUUUUUCCUAAUUGUUGAAAAACACAUUACUGUAACAUUAUACUAGCUUAAAUCGCUAUUGUGAAUAUUUAUUUUUAAAGUUUUUUUUUCUAAUAGCAUUUAAUUCCACUCAACCUUGUAACAGAUCUUUUUCAAAAUAAUUUAUGCAUACACAGUGAAGGAGCAAAAAGGUAACUUGAUCACCUUUUUUCACCAAGUAAUACAUAUUGUAUUAAGUGUAUUUAAAUGUAUGAAAUAAAUCAUUAUCAUUCAUAAAUAC